CACCAGCACACAGAACACUCCCACACCGUCCUGCUGGGGAAUUUAUGGCCUCAGGCUAACAGAACACAACCUAACAGGGGUGGGAAAAAAAAAGCCCUGAGAGAAACUAACACAACCCGACAGCGGACUAACAUCAUGGAGUUUCUUUUAUGAUACUAAGAGGGCAUUUUUCUCCUGAGCAGCAUUGUCAGGUUAAAGGAUGAUGUGGAUAUGAUGACACCGACCCAGCUGUGACGAUGUACGAGGUGAUGUCCGGGGACACCCUGGCCUGGAAGGUGCCCGCUCCAAAGCAAAGUGACCCAGAGCCCAGCACUGAGGCCCAGCUGCCAGGAGAAGGAGGGCCAGUAAAAAUCCUCAAAGUCUGCUUCUGCAUCAACAACAACCUGGGAAAAAACUUCAAACUGGUCAAAUGUGACAGCUCCUGGAAAAUCAAGGCCAUCAUUCACUCCAUCCUGGCCAGCGGUCGGUUGGGUCCAAACAUUGAAUUUGAAGGAUGCUACGGUCUCAUGUUGAAGCACUUAAAGUCAGAAGAACUUCACUGGCUCCAUCCAGACCUGACCGUCGGUGAGGUAGAGCAGCGCUACGAGAGCCUUCAUGUGGAGGCUGAGUGGAGGUAUGACCUCAGAAUCAGAUACAUUCCAGUUAAUUUCCUGGAAAAAUUUAAAAAGGACAGAUCCACAUUUCUCUAUUUUUACCAACAGGUACGGAGCGACUACAUGCAAUAUCACGCAAGUAAAGUCAGUGAUGGGAUGGCGCUCCAGCUCGGCUGUUUGGAGCUCAGGAGGUUCUAUAAAGACAUGAAUGCGAAAGGCCUUGAAAAGAAAUCCAACUUUGAGCUCUUAGAAAAAGAAGUGGGUCUAGACCUGUUCUUCCCUCAGCAGCUAAUGAACAGCAUGAAGCCUAAGCAGCUACGGAAGAUGAUCCAACAAACGUUUCAACAGUACGCAGCACUCAAAGAGGACGACUGCAUGAUUAAGUUUUUUGAAACCCUCAAAACCUUUAGCAGCUAUGAUGAGGAGGUCUUCCGUUGCGAACUGGUGCAAAGUUGGAGUCUUUCAGUGGAGCUGGUGAUUGGAGGAAGAGGCAUCCGUCAGCGCACUCAGAAGGAUGCGGCAGCUGUGUUCCUAGCAGACUUCAAACAGAUAAAGAAAAUUCAGUGCCUACCACAGAGCGACACCAAGGCGCUUUUGAACAUCGACAUCGAGGGGGCCAAACAGCGUUUAUCGAUCAGUGUGGCCUCGGUGCCCGUGGCAGAAAAUAUGAUGGAUCUGAUUGACGGAUACUGUCGCCUGGAAAACGACACAGAGGACAGUAUUAUCUACAGACCUAAUAAAGAUCCUAAGAGUGCACGGAUUUCCCUCCCUGACAUCCCUAUAAGCAAAGACAACUCUUCAUCCCGACAUAGUAUGGGAUCUGAUAUCUACUGUGAGAUUCUUGAUGAGAGGCCCAAAUCAGCUGUGAAGUAUGGGAUUGAUCGAAACAACAUUGUUCUGGGACGAAUUCUUGGGGCGGGCUUUUUUGGAGAAGUCUACGAGGGAGUGUACAAAAAAUCUAAAAGUGAGCGGAUUAACGUGGCGAUUAAGACCUGCAAGGACUGUUCAGCUGAAGUCAUGGAGAAAUUCAUGAGUGAAGCAGUUAUUAUGAAGACCCUGGACCACCCUCACAUCGUCAAACUGAUUGGAAUCAUAGAGCAGGAUCCAGUGUGGAUCGUCAUGGAGCUCUAUCAGUACGGAGAGCUUGGAAACUACCUGACCCAGAACCAGAACAAGCUGACAAACACAACUCUGGUUCUGUUCAGCCUACAGAUCUGCAAAGCCCUCGUCUACCUUGAAGGGGUCAGCGUGGUUCACAGAGACAUUGCAGUGCGGAACGUGUUGGUCGCCAGCCCCGAGUGUGUGAAGCUCGGGGAUUUUGGUCUGUCCAGAUACAUCGAGGCUGAGGAAUACUACAAAGCAUCCGUCACUCGUUUACCAAUCAAGUGGAUGGCCCCAGAAUCCAUCAACUUCAGACGUUUCACCACAUCGAGCGAUGUCUGGAUGUUUGCCGUGUGCGUGUGGGAGAUCAUGAGCCAGGGCCAGCAGCCGUUUUUCUGGCUGGAGAACAAAGACGUGAUCAACCAGCUGGAGCAGGGCAUCCGGCUGCCCAAACCGGACAACUGCCCCCCUGCUCUGUACUCGCUCAUGACCCGCUGCUGGUCCUACGACCCCAGAGAGAGGCCCAGUUUCACGGAGCUUGUGGUCAAAAUCAGUGACGUCCACAAGAUGGAGAAGGAGCAAGAAGCACAGAGAGAAAUGGACAGAGCACGCUCCACCAAAUUGUUUGAGCCGAAGGUCAACUUUUCAGACCCUCCUCCCAAACCGUCACGAUUGAUGCCAGGGCGGUUUGGGAACACGCUCAGCAUCGGGCUACACAUCCAGCUGAAUGAGGCUCUGUGUGCCAGCUCCCCGGACCUGGCCAGUCCGUCUGAAUAUCAGUCCCCCGUCGACUCCAGAAACACUCUUGCACUUCCUGUUCGAUCCCCUCGACGUCGCAGCAUGGGGGAGAGCGAAUUCAUGCGAGUGGAACCGAACAGCAUGGAGGACGCCCAGCGGCUGUGGCAGAAGGAGCGUCAGUUCAUGCAGGACACGCUGCGGCAGCAGAAAGAGCAGAUGAUGGAGGAUAAGAAGUGGCUGGAGCAGGAGGAGAGACUCCUGGUGGGGAACAGAGCAUCGCUAACCUUUGUCAACCCCCUCUCCUUGUGUGUGUGUCCCUCUGCUGACGAGCUCAGUGCUACCCUGGAGGCUAAGCAGAUCGGCGCACCUUUAAACAGCACAGACCCACUUGUUCACCCCAGGCACCCCGCUAGCUUUAUAAUGAAUGUUCCCCCGAUGACAGUUCCAAAGGGAAGCUCUGUGAUCUGUAAAGUGAACCUGCCUGUUCUUUUGCAGGACCCCAUGGCGCCGGAGGAUGUUGAGGUUACAGCGCCACCUGAAGCUGACAGUGAGCCUGCACCACCCGAGAAACCUCCACGACUAAAAGCCCAGGCUGCACCCACGGCUGAGCUGGACCGCACCGAUGACAAAGUCUACGACACCGUCAUGGACCUGGUCAAAGUUGUUGUUCAGCUCAAGAACGACAUCACUGAGCUGCAACCGGAACAAUAUAUCACCAUUGUCAAGUCUGUCGGGAUGGCCUUAAGAGAUCUGAUUCGCAGCGUGGACGAUGUGCUGCCCACUUUACACGAGUCUAACAAGACCGAGAUCGAAGGCACCCAGAAGCUGCUCAACAACGACAUGGCAGAGCUGAUCAGUAAAAUGCGUCUGGCCCAGCAGAACGCCAUCACGUCUUUAAAGGAAGAGUGCAAGAAACAGAUGUUGGCUGCAGCGCACACUCUGGCCAUGGACAGCAAGAACAUGCUGGAUGCUGUGGAUCAAGCCCGAGUCAGGGCUAAUUUGGCUAAACCAGCCUCUCAAUGAGUGCCUGCCUUCAGUCAGGUGUUCUUGUGGGAGUAAAACUAAUCCCAACCAAACCUUUGGUUUUUAAACAACCAUCAUCUUGUAAAUGAAUGUUUAGUUUUAUCGUGCUGCUUCUGUGUAAACAUCAGACAUCGAUGUUUAGGACUCAAAAUUAUGCCACGUUUUUGUAUUUAGAUGGCGGUCAUUUCCAAAAAAAAACUUUCAAUGUUUCAGUGAUUAGAAAAUUAAACAUCUUUGUUUGUACUUGAUGUAUCCUGAGGCAGUUAUGUUCUGAGAAUGUUGUGCACAUAAAGACAGAAGGGUUUACAUUUGUAGCUCUGCUGCUGGUAAAAUGUAAAGAGGAGUCAUUAUCUAAAUGAAUUAGAAAAAUUAAAAGUGGAGUUGUGAUGUAACUAGGGUUGUACAAAAUUGUACCUUGUGCAAUUAUUCAGCAGUAAAACUCACCGAUUAAUAUUUGGCCCUUCAUGAUUACUGCGAGUAAUGACUUAUACAAGUCGUUGCGGCAAGAAACUAACAUCAAGGUUAACGUGGCAUUUACAUGAAUGCGAACAUGAAGCUAAUGCUAACAUUGAGCUAACACUAAGCUAAUGCUAACCAAGUAUCCAUGAUUCACUCAGUCAUUCUGUCCCUGCAGCAAAAUAAGAGCUAGGAAGCAAUAACGUGGAGUGGAUGUUAAAAUGAAGAAGUUAAUUUGAUUAAUGAUUUGUAAUUAUCAUUUCGUAACAGGGCGACCGAUUUAGUGACAAAAACAUGAAGUGCGAUUGUCAUCUAUUAAUCGUCAUAAUAAUCGUUUUUGUCUAAAAGCCACAAUUGUUUGUAAUGAUUUUUUUGCCAACAUUGCCCAACCCUAUGUAACCACUUCUUAAAACUCCUUAUGUACAUUAUUUCAUUUUGUACAUUGGUUAACAGUAAUAUUAAGAAAUAAGUAAAAAUACAGAAAAAGGCGCUGCCUCAAUGUAAGCUUUUUACUUUCCUAUUUAAUUACAAGAUUUUGCUUUAAUGGUAACAUGGAUGAUGUUUAAGUGUCAUAGCUCCUUGUAUAAAGUGACAAAGUUGUUUGCUGGUGUAGAUUCUCAAUUCCCCCUGAUGCAAUAAUCCUAUAUUUAAUCUAAGAUGACCAAACUUCUUUUUUUUUAAUUAAGAAAGCUCCUGGAAUAAGAAGUGAUUGGUCUUCAGGGGUCGAAAGAAACAUCCAGCUGAUUUAAUUUAUAACAAUAAAUUGACAGUAGUAAUUUGUUCCAGAUGAUUAAGAUGGGUUGAUAAUAAAUAUUUAUUUUGCAUAAAUAAAAGAUAAGACACCCCUUA